AUGGACGACUCCACCCCCACUCAUCACCCUCCCCAAGACACCGACCCACCCAUCCCUUCCUUCUCUUCCAUCACAGACAAGAUCAAAGACAGUGACGGCACAAGCAGCUCAAGCAGUACUUCCAGUAGGAAGUGCAAGGGUAAAGGAGGGCCUGAUAACAGCAAGUUCAGGUACCGUGGGGUGAGGCAGCGGAGUUGGGGCAAAUGGGUCGCCGAGAUCCGAGAGCCACGCAAGCGGACGCGCAAGUGGCUCGGCACCUUCACCACCGCCGAGGACGCGGCGCGCGCCUAUGACCGCGCCGCCAUCAUCCUCUACGGCUCAAGGGCUCAGCUCAACCUCCAGCCCUCUGUUGGCUCGUCGUCCCACUUGUCCUCCUCCACACGUGGCAGCUCCUCCUCGUCUUCAACUCAAACCCUCCGUCCUCUUCUUCCUCGCCCCUCUGGCUUUAGCUUUACCUUCUCUUCUACGUCUUCCACCCUUCCAAUGAUGGCUUCGUCGGGUAUUGUGCCUUAUGGGAUUUACCCUAGUAGUGUUAGUCCGUCCGUACUGUGCCCUAACAAUAUGGUACAAAAUCCUCAACAAACGGUCCAACAGUAUCAGUAUCAUCAGCCGUUUGAUGGGACUACUGUUGGUGAUGUAGUUGACCGUACCGCAACAACCUCGUAUCCAACCCCUAAUAAUCAGCAGCAGCAGCAGCAUCAGAGUUACUUGUACAAUGAUAUUAGCUCGCUUGUGGGCUCCGUGGGUUCGAGCUUGUCUCUGUCUUCGCCACCCCUGGUUGCACCGGUUGCUCCGGAUCCGGUUGGGGCAGUACUCGGACCUGUGUCUCCGUCUAUGUGGCCGUUGACGAAUGACGUGGAGUUUACACCUAGCCUUUUGGACUAUUGUGAUCCUGAGUAUGGAGAUCCUUUCUUGUUUGAUUUUAAGUACUGA